AUGAGGCUGCCACAGUCGGAUCCGGUACAGAACAUGUUCCUCCUACUAAUUUUGAGCCUGGGAAUGCAGCUUCAACAGACAGUAGCUUUGUUCACAGUGACCGUCCCAAAGGAAAUGUACGUGGUAGACUACGGCAGCAAUGUGACCUUGGAGUGUGAUUUUGACACUGGAGGUCAUGUGGAACUCGGAAUUUUAAAAGCCAGAUUGCAAAAAGUGGAAAAUGAUACAGUCUUGCUCAGUGAAAGAGCCACUUUGCUGGAGGAGCAGCUGCCCCUGGGGAAGGCCUUGUUCCUAAUCCCCCAAAUCCAGCUGAAGGAUGCAGGGCAGUACCACUGCCUGAUCAUCUAUGGGAUUGCCUGGGACUACAAGUACCUGACGCUGAAAGUCAAAGCUUCCUACAAGAAAAUACGCACUCGCCACCUCAAGGUCCCAGGGACAGAUGAGGUGGAGCUCACCUGCCAGGCUGAAGGCUAUCCCCUGGCAGAAGUGUCUUGGCCAAACAUCAGUAUUCCUGCCAUCACCAGCCAUACCAAGACCUCUGAAGGCCUCUACCAGGUUACCAGUGUUCUGCGCCUAAAGCCACACCCAGGCAGGAAUUUCACCUGUGUGUUCUGGAAUGCCGAUAUGAAGGAACUCACUUCAGCCACCAUUGUCCAAGGUCCUAUGGAAGACCCCAAGAUCCCUCCAUCUUCACUGCUUCAUGUUUUCAUUCUCUUCUUCAUCAUUGCUUUCAUGUUCAUAGCCACAAUGGUAGCCCUAAGAAAACGACUCUGGCAGAAGUUGUAUCCUGGAGAAGAUGCAACAAAAAGAUCUGCCACCAUGGUAAGGAAAGAAGAAGACAGAGCUGUGAGAUUCCCCUUGGAGAAAAAGAAUCAGGGAAACCACAUGCAGAGGGUUGAGCAGAGAACAGAAACCCCAGAGCCUUCCAGCGUCAACUGUUCCUACUGUCCUGAUGAGCCUCCCAGGGCUAGAGAGGAAGAAGAUCUAGCACAGGGGAGAGAGUGGCUUUUAGACCCCUUGGGGAAGGGAUCGCCUGGGCUCUCCCAUGAGAUCUGA